AUGUGUCUAACUCCAAACGGUAUUGUUCGCUGGAAACUUCCUGUUGAGCCGGUACCAGACAUGGAGCCUAUUGGCAUUUCCAACAUUAUUUCUGAUCGACAAGGACAGCUCUACUAUACUAUCUCUUGGUCAGGUGAUACAAUCUAUACAGCAAAAAUCUGUCGAAUCACGCAUGCUCAAACGUCACAUCCCGUUCAAAAGUGUAUCGAAAACUAUCAAUUAUUUAUGUACAUCAAGUCGCCAUUGGCUUUGAAUGAAAAAUACGAUCUCUUGGUGACGGCUGUCAGUGAUAAUGAGAUGGACUCGGUGCCGGCUACUUUGAACAAAACGACACUGGAUCUGCUGUGGGUAAAUAGACACUUUUUUGGUGCAGGCAUGGACGGACACUAUCGAUGUGACACGAAUAUGGGCGACAUGUUCUGGAUAGGCGGUGAUGGUAACUUGUUGAAAUUUCGACACGAUGGACAGAAUCUGAUAAACAAUUAUACACAGUCUGACGGCUUUGGUGGAGACUUUGUUUUAGACCAGCAACAGCAAAUAAUUAUACUGUCAUGGCAAAACAUGACUCGUUUACCGUGGGAACUUGUCGUUUCGUCGUAUGAUGUGUCAACAAAAGAAAUCAAACUACGAUGGAACUGGUAUGCGCCCCCUUCAAUUGCUGAAAAUGAUGAUAUAACAACGCCUAGUGUAGACGAGAACGGCACAGUUUAUAUGUCGAGUAUGCCUCUCGCAUUCGCCAUCGACAGUCUGGGCAAAACGGUGUGGACAUGCGAGUUGGCAACAUCAAGUGAAAUGAAAACAUUCAACUUAUUUUCCUAUUGUCUUACAAUGAAUUCAAAACGACGAGUUCUCUACAUUGUGUCUGGUUCUCCAUAUUCUCAAAAGCCGCCGCAUUUCUUAUAUUUCAUCACUGCCGUUAACAUGGAUACCGGCAAGGUGAUUAAACGCAUCGAUUUGAGUCUGGGACAUGAUAAACCCAUCACACCGCAAUGUCCGAUUUUAAUUGGUGACGAAAUGCUCUAUUUUUUCUGGCUAACGGGACGGUAUCCCGAACUAGUGCCGUUCAAAGUAACAGGCAUCGAUCAAAUUUAA